AUGUCAUUUAAAAUAUCAUUGAAACUAGGACGUGUUAUACCCAGUUUUAUCGUAGUGAGUUGUUAUUGGAAAGCAUCUAUACUAUAUAAUCCUUGUCAGCCAAAUCCAUGCCAAAACAGCGCUGAAUGUGUAAAUAUUCAAGAUUGGAGUCGAAAAGCAUCAUUAGAGAAAUUCAAUACUUUAGCAGACUAUUACUGUGUCUGUCUAAAAGGAUGGACUGGGCAAAAUUGUACAGAAGAUAUUGAUGACUGUGUUAUUCAACCUUGUUUGAAUGGCGGUAUUUGUGAAGAUAAACCAAAUAUGAGGUUUUAUUGUCAUUGCCCAAUAGGAUAUGUUGGUCAAACUUGUGAAUACAGAGAUCCAUGUCAACUUAAUCCUUGUCUAAAUGGUGGGACUUGUCAGUCUGACCCAUUUGGUCAAUUCACUUGCAUUUGUCCUCGAUGGUACAAUGGAGUACGAUGUGAACAGGAAAUUAAUCCAUGCUAUCCUACAUCACCUUGUUUGGGAAAAAGUUCAGUUUGUCAUUUAUUGACAUCGAAGAAUAGAACAGUUUCAGGACCGUCAUUUUCUAUUCAUAAAUCAGAGUAUAUUACAGAUUUUCUAUGCGAAUGUGAUCCUGAUUAUUUUGGUCGGUAUUGUGAUAAGCGGCAGAAUCCAUGCAAGUUGCAUAAUUGUAAAAAUGGUGCAACUUGUCUAGAAAAUAACAAUCAUUAUAAUUGUGUAUGUCCUUCAGGAUUUACAGGACCAAUUUGUAAUACGCCUACAAACAUAUCGAAAUAUAUUUCUUCAUCAAAUGUUGUAAAUACUUUAAUUCAAAAUCAAACAAUAACAACAAAUAUAGUCAGAAAGAAUUUUUCGGAAAAUGAAAAUUUAUUAAAUGACUAUUGUGUUCAACUUGAAUGUCAUAAAGCAAAAGCAGGUGAUGGUAUUUGUCAACCACAAUGUAUCUAUGCUAAAUGUUUAAAUGCAGACGAUGAGUUGAAUAGUGAUUGUCAAUAUUGGAUGAAAUGUUUACAAACAACUGAAUCUAUUGUAAAUUAUCAGUACAAUAAAACAUGUGUUGAACAAUUUAAAAAUGGAAAAUGUCAACCUGAAUGCAACAUCAAUGAAUGUUAUCUAGACGGUUUGGAUUGUUUUCAAACUGUAUCACAGUGUAUAUCAUUUGAAUUCUGCUUACAGUCAUAUGGAGAUGGUGUUUGCCAGUCACAAUGCAAUACAAUCCAAUGUGGUUAUGAUGGAGGAGAUUGUGAAAAUGUACAAAGAAAUAAUUAUUUAUCAAGAAAAUAUAUUUUACUUCAUCUGAAAACAAAUCAAUCGCAAUUCACAUUGAAUCGUAAUCAGUAUUUAGGAAAUCUAGGUAUGAUUUUACAAUCAAUCGUCAGAAUUGCAAAAGACGAUGUAACUGGAGAACUUUUAAUUGAAGAUAUUCCUAGUAAAAAUGAAAUUAAAUUGCUUCUGGAAGUUAUUAGUCAAUCAAAUGUUAACUGUGAUACAAUUGAGGAAACUAUGUGUGUCAAUUAUAGUGUUCAAUUAUUUAAACCAAAUGAAUAUAAAAAUUACAUUUUUGCUGCAUUAAGUACAAUUCAGUACAAAUCAAUGUAUAAUGUAUUAUACUUGAAUUUUGUUGAUUCGCCCAGUCAGUCACAUUUUAAAGCACCAUGGGAAUCAGAAUUUUCGAAUGAUACACAGAUUUCAAAAGAAGCGAUUGGACUAUACGUUUGUAUAUGUAUUUUGGCUGGAAUAAUUAUUAUACUAGUUUUAUUCUUGGUAUUUCAACACGACAAUUAUUGGAGAAAACCAUUGAAACGUGUCAAAACGAAAGGUAUUUGGUGUCCACCUGUACCGUCGGUUUAUUCUAAACCAAACCAAGUUGAUUUAUUGGGACAACAGUCUUCGCUUUAUUCCACAGGACUAACAUCGAUAGUUGGAACAACAGAACCAUUCUUAACAAAAACAAUAUGUGGUCAGAAUUAUUUUGCCAGUAAACUUAGUCCAAAUCUCUCAGAGUCGACAUUCUUUCAAAGUUACUUGAAUUCUUCAACUAUUGAUGAGAAGAAUACACUCCUCUCGUCAAAUAUAUCAAAGCUUAACCAUGAAGAAAAGAUCACUGAAUUGAUUUCAGAUAAAACUUGUGGAACAGAUACUUCAUGGAGUGAUGAAUUCUUGCCAGCCUGUAAAAAGAAACGUCUUACUCAAGAUGGAAUGGUGUCAGAUAUGCUACCGAAUAGCGCCAAUUUGUCUACCGAUUCAAAAUGUUUGCGAAAUUCAUUCAGUAUAGCAAGAGGAAACGUUCAAAUGCUCAACGAAGCAGAACAGCAUCAACAGUGUGACUAUAAAUUGAAUUUUAAAACCAAAUGCGAUUCAAUUUUACUCCAGAAAAAUCUAAACACUACCAAAAAUGAGAAUACAAAUUUCAACAUACAACACACUGAUUCUACUGCUUAUAACAAUGAAGCAAAAGUGAAGUCUGUGCAAUCUGAUAACAACGAAGUAAUCGAAACCAUUUCCUCUUUGGAUGGACUACAUCCGUGUAAUGUAGUACAGAGAAGUCAGAUUGAAAAAUUUCUCGAUGAUAAUGAUUAUCGAAAUGAAAGUGUCAAUAUGUCAGCAAACCGUGGUGGUACUAAACACUGUUCGGACGAUGAUUUAUCAGAUAAUAACACCGUUGGUGAUCAAAGUCUUCUACAUUUAGCAGCUCAUAUGAAUGUAGGACACGAUAUCAUAAACAAAAUCUAUCAUAAUGAACAUGUUCAAGGACCUGUUGGUAUUUUCUAUGUUGAUUCAUCAGGUAGAACAGCUUUGACCAAUGCUGCUGCUGCGAAUUCUUUAGAGUCAAUCAAGUCGUUAUACCAACUUGAAAAAGAAGCUAUGGUGAAAACGAAACCAGUGAAACCGGUCAAGUCACAACAUAUCACUAAACCGAAACCAACAUAUCGUUCAAGAAGACGUUAUCAAAUUUAUGAAUCUCGACAAUGUUCACCGAUCAUAGUUGCUAUCCAAGCAGGGAAUGAUGAAGUAGUGAAGUGUCUAUUGGACGAAGGUUGUCCUUAUAACACUGUUGAUCAAUACGGUCGUAAUGUUGUACAUUGGGCAGCAGUAACUAAUUCCGUUAAAAUAUUAUCUCGUUUAGCACAGUGUAAAGGAUUUGCUAGAUUAAUGAAUAUGAAAGAUGACUGGGAUAGAACACCGAUCAUGUUAGCUAUACGUGAAGGUUGUCAGGAAGCUGUGCAAUUCCUUCUGGAUAAACAAGCAAGAAUCGAAAUCACAGACUGUAUGGAAAAUGAUUGUGUAUCAUUAUGUAUAGAAAAAGGCUAUCAGAGAAUACAUGAAAUACUGAUAAAUUAUAUCCGGUCAAGAAACUUCGACACAAAGACAAUAACACCUGAUAAGAAAGUGAAUAUUUUCAAUGAAAAUUCAGAUGUGAGUGAACAAGAACUAGGAUUGUCAUCAAUGGCACCGGUCACCACAGUGAUGACAACCACACCAGUACGCCAUUCAGCAGAGAAUAUUUCUCGUAUGAAUGAAUUUGAAUGGGUGAGUUUAAGUGAUGAUUCAGUUUCGGAAGCGUUCAGUGAUUGUGAUCCGUUCACAGAAGACAUGAAUGCGCAUUGUAGUUGAUGAAGACUUGGUCACCACUGAUGCAUAUUGUUUACUGCGAUCAACAUAGUUUUGAUCAUGUGAUGUACACAUCUUUUGAAUAUGAACAGAAAUGAGGAAAUAAAGUGAAUACUAGAUGCAAUUAAUUUUAGAGUAAUUUUGUUUAUUCAGCUCUGUGUGUGUAUAAAACUGUG